AUGGCUCAGCCGUCGGCGGGUGAUGAGUCGCAGACAGGUGCAGACAUCGCUCCGACAGAUGGCGCACCGUCUUCUGCGACAUAUGGCGGUGCGCGGUCAUCUUCGACUUAUACCCGCUCUGGAUAUCCAGCAGAAGCAGGGCCCACAAGUGCGGCUGCAAAGCCUUUAACAUUGCGAGCAGCAGUGAAAGCAUGUGACGUGAACAGCGUCCGCCAUGCCUUGCUAAAGUUGCAGGGCCUCAACACUGAAGCUACCGAAGCUGCGCUGGAUGCAACAGACGGCAUGGGACGCACUGUGCUGCAUAUUUGUGCAGCCAACGCCUUGCGAGGUGGCACAGGCGAUGUGGUGAAGCUACUUCUGGAGCACAAGGCCCGUACAGAUGCUCGUGAUGCGAACGAGAAGAACCCCCUGGACGUGGCGGUGGCAACGGCCGCCAUGGCCACGGACGCGGCCACGGCCGAGGACUUCCUUUCAGCAAAGGCCACCGUCUCCUCUCUUUUGAAGGCCCGAGCUUCUGCCUCCGGAGAGCAACGAGACUCGCUGGAGACGAGCCUGGGCAGGGCCGCAACAGCUCAGGUCGAAAACGGCUUGGCGCAAAUCUUGUCUUUGUUGACACCGCCGCAGGAAGAUGGAGGCAUCUUAGCCGAGAAGCUGAUGCAGGCUGUUGAUCGCCACGAUCCAGAAACUGACCAGAUCUUCGCUCGAAUACGCCAACGAAGCGACAGCUCCAUGCUCUUGGCACAGUGCAUGCAAGCGUUCGAUGCCGAUGGCAACACGCUGCUGCACAGAUUCGUGGUUGGUCCAAACAUCGACGCAGCGAAGGACAUGGACAUCUUGCACCUAUUGCUAGAGUCUGCCUCAGACAUCAACAACCGAAACUUGCUUGGUGAGACGCCUCUUCUGGCAGGCGCCAGGUCAGCAGCAAGGCUAGAAAUGCUGGAAGCUUUGAUUGCGGCCAGCGCCGAUCCUGGCUCUCCAGAUGCCAUCUCGCACGAGACUGCGUUGAUGGAGGCUGCCUGCCGUGGCGAUGCAGGACUCUGCCGGCUAAUUCUCAAUGGCAGAGCGGAUGCGGCAGCCAGGAACAUCCAUGGCUGCACUGCUUGGGAUCUGGCGAUUGAGAACCGGCACAGCGAUGUCGUCCAGCUCCUGGCGGAGAACGGCAGUGUGCAGCCACCCAGCCUGAACAGCGAAGUGAUGGCUGCGGUGAAGGCCGCGGAUGUGGAUACGCUGCAAAGGCUCCUGUCGAGUCUGGGAACACUCGAGCUGGAGCGAGUCUUAACACGUGGAGUGGAUGAUGCUGGACGACAGCUCUUGCAUGUGUCUGCAGCCCAGGGUGCACAAGAAGGAGCAGCGGACGUUGUGAGACUGUUGCUCGAGUUCGGGGCACCGACCGAUGACGUGGAUUUUGCUGGCGACACUCCUUUGUCCUUGGCAGUCUUGACAGCUUCGGCCAGCGAUUGCGAUGACGGUGGCAGUUGGGCGGCUUUGGACACUUGCCGCGUCUUGCUAGUGGCUGGAGCCAGUGCCGAUGCUGGCGGACAGCUCUCUGCGCCCAACUGCGCUUUGGCAGAAGCCUUUCAAAGCGGUCGCGGCCACGAUGUUUGUCAACUUUUGCAUGCAUUUGGGGCGAACAUGCCGUGGUAUGCAGUGGCAGAAGCCUCGAAUGAGUCCGCCGAUGCAGAUGCGGAGUACGCAGAUGUCGGUCAUGGCACCUUCGAAGCUCAGUGUGAGCAGGAAGGUAUUCCGCUGGAGAAGUUGGGGACGCUGGGUGCAAAGGCGGUCCUGGCUGCCUGCAGCGCUUGGCGCCAGAUGACGGUGAAGCAGCUACGCUCGGAGUGCAGUGAUGUUGGCAUACCGACCGAUGGUUGUGUUGAGAAGGCAGAGAUAUUCUCGCGCCUGCAUCAAGUGCGCAUUUGGCAGAGCUCCUCCCUUGAGAUGCUCCGCGAGGAGGUGGGCAGCCUCGGCCAGGAUGCACAGCGCUCCCGGCAAGAGCUUGAGGAGGUGUUGCUCGUCGCCACUUUCAAUGCUCGCCCCCGCCGAGAUCGAAUCUGGGAGAUGUGCAAAGCCAGACAUGUGCCAGUCGACAAGUUCAACGACCUGGACAAGGCCGAAAUGGUCUUGCAGCAAGUACAGCGCUUGGAACGUGGAAGCGUGGGCGACUUGAAGCGCGAGUUCGCAAGACGCGGAUUGACCGUAGAAGCAGGUACAGAAAAGCAGGAGAUGAUCUCCAAGUUGCGCGAUGUGCUGGCAUGGGAAGAGAUGCCCCUGUCAGGUUUGCAGCAGACAUGCCGUGAGCGAGGUCUGGGUGGGCCUGUCGCUGCCUCUCGGGAAGAGCUCCUGAAGCGGCUGCUUACUUCCAUAGGCCAGACCAAAGCGGCCGAAUCACGGUUCAAGAACUUCUUCACCUAUGGCAACCCGCAGACCCAGGAGACUCCGAAGCCCGGACCCUCGGCCUCGGGUCCUCAACCGAGCCCUGGCAACCGUGGCUUCGGGGACGAUUUCGAGCGUGCGUGGGAGGCAAAAGCCGAAGAAAAUCGACGAGCUUUCGCUUCAGGCAACCGGAACCAUGCUGGGAUGCCUUCCGGACAGAGGCGCUAUGCGGGGCCUGGGCCCGGCUUUCCUGGUUCCGGAAAGCAGAGGUCAGCAGCCCCGCAGACUCCACCGAUCGAGCGCUUCUUUCGGGUUUUGGGCCUGCCAGUCACUGCGAGCCACGACGAGGUCCGCAAGGCUUACCGACAGCUUGCACUCCAGUACCAUCCGGACAAGAAUCCCGGGCAGAAGAAGGCGGCUGCAGAGGCCAAGUUUCGCGAGGUGGCCGAGGCUUACGACAAAGUUUGCGAGUUCUUGCGGCAGAAGAAGUAG